AUGGCUUAUACGAUCACUGUCCUCUUUCCUAACGAGCAAGAUGCCAACUAUGACAAAAAGUACUAUGUCGACCAUCACAUGCCGCUCAUCGAGCGACACUGGAAGCAGUACGGCGUGCAGAGCUGGUCCGUUACCGACUUUGGCCCCGGUCCAGAUGGUACAAACCCACUUUACACCUUCGGAAGUGUUGUGAUUUGGGAAAGCAAAAAGGGGGUUGAGCAAGCCUUCCAGAGUCCCGAGGUGGCUGAGAUCAUGAGCGAUGUUCCCAAUUUCAGCAAUAAGCAGCCGGUGUUUCUUUUUGGUUCCCAAGUUGAGGUAAAUAAUUAA